AUGGGGCUGCCCGGCGCUCCCGCCUUGCUCCUGGGGGCGCUGGCCCUCCUCUUGAGGGGCUGCGAGGGCUUCUCCUCACACUCCCUGCAGUAUUUCCACACUGCUGUGUCCGAACCCGAUCAGGGGCUGCCCCAGUUCAUCUCAGUGGGGUACGUGGACGGCCAUCUCUUCAACCAGUAUGACAGUGUCGCAAGAAGGGAGCAGCCUCGGGCACCCUGGAUCAAGAAGGUGGACAAGGAUGACCCCCAGUAUUGGGACGGGCAGACCCAGAUAUGCCGGAACAAUGAGCAGGUGUUCAGAGAGAACCUGCAGAUCGCAAGAAAUCGCUACAAUCAGAAUGGAGGGUUUCACUCCCUGCAGUGGAUGUACGGUUGUGAACUGAAGGAGCACGGGAGCCCAGGAGGAGGGUAUGACCAGGCCGCCUACGACGGGAGGGACUACCUCAGCUUCGACACGGAGACCGUCACCUGGACGGCGGCCCUUCCCAAGGCCCAGAUCACCAAAGAGAAGUGGGAGAAUGAUCCUGCCUACGGCCAAAGAAUGAAGGCCUACCUGGAGGGGGAAUGCCUGGAGAAGCUGAAGAGAUUCCUGGACUAUGGGAAGGAGAGGCUGCUGAGGAAUCGUCCUGUGGGGAAGGUGACACAGAAGGAGGGCUAUGAUGAGAGAGAGACCCUCGUCUGCCAGGCUUACGGCUUCUACCCCAAGGAGAUUGACGUCACUUGGAGGAAGGACGGAGAGGUCCUGCAGGAAGGCACUUUCCACAGGAGCGUGGCCCCCUAUCUGGAUGGGACCUACCACGCCUGGCUCAGCAUCGAGAUCGACCCCGAGGAGAGAGACCUGUACCGAUGCCACGUGGACCAUGCCAGCCUGGGGGAGCCUUUGGUCUUGGCUUGGGAGGCGCCUGCUUCCAACUUGGGCCUCAUUAUUGGGUGCGUCGCAGUAGUUCUUCUCCUGAUCGUGGCUGGGAUUGCUGGCGCCUGGGUCUACAACAAGAAACGACAAGAAGGCUACAAGGCAGCAUCAACAAAUGACGGAGGUUCCAGCAUCACCAGUGAAGGGAACAACCCAUCCGUUUAGUAUCCUCAGAAUGAG